CGCAUCGGUGUUUCCGCCACCCACACCAGCAUAACAACAGCUAACGCUCCCCACGCCCCCCCAACCCGCCCUCCUCAAACGAGCAGCCGACCUGCCCUAAAGUCUCACCGAUCCCGCCCUCAGACCCCUCCCUCAGUCUCUGGACUCGAUCUGCUUUUGGGAGAUGGCAGCAGCACUGCAAACGGCGGCCCUCCUCUCUGCUUCUCCCAAUCUGAUCGAUCCUCAGAGGUUUCGCGUCGGGCUGUUGGCAAGAUCUCUUAUAGGAAGGAGAGGAAGCAUCUUCGUUGUCAGAUCCGAUGGAAGAACCUCCGGUUUCUUUAAUGCUAAGUCUCGUAGUGGGAAUUUCAUCACGAAUGCGGUUGCAACUAAGGCUGAUGCGUCUACAAGUUCCACCGCAUCCAAACCUGGACAUGAGCUACUAUUGUUCGAGGCUUUACGUGAGGGACUCGAAGAAGAGAUGGACCGAGAUCCUCACGUUUGUGUCAUGGGCGAAGAUGUGGGUCAUUAUGGUGGCUCAUACAAGGUGACCAAAGGACUGGCUACAAAAUAUGGAGAUCUGAGGGUCCUUGAUACCCCCAUUGCGGAGAACUCCUUCACGGGCAUGGGCAUUGGAGCGGCAAUGACAGGCUUAAGACCUAUUGUUGAAGGAAUGAAUAUGGGUUUCCUCCUGCUGGCGUAUAACCAGAUUUCGAACAACUGUGGUAUGCUUCAUUAUACUUCUGGUGGCCAGUUCAAAAUCCCAAUAGUUAUCAGAGGGCCUGGAGGUGUUGGGAGGCAACUUGGUGCAGAACACUCACAGCGCCUGGAGUCAUACUUCCAGUCGAUCCCGGGCCUGCAAAUGGUUGCCUGCUCGACACCAUACAAUGCUAAGGGGCUUAUGAAAGCAGCAAUAAGGAGUGAGAACCCUGUGGUGCUGUUUGAGCAUGUGCUGCUGUAUAAUUUGAAGGAGAGGAUCCCAGAUGAGGAGUAUGUGCUUUGUUUGGAGGAAGCAGAGAUGGUGCGGCCAGGAGAGCAUGUUACGAUCCUCACAUAUUCACGAAUGAGAUAUCAUGUGAUGCAGGCCGUGAAGACGCUGGUGAACAAAGGCUAUGACCCUGAGGUCAUUGACAUCAGGUCAUUGAAGCCGUUUGAUCUUUAUACCAUUGGGAAUUCUGUGAAGAAGACACAUCGUGUGUUGAUUGUGGAGGAGUGCAUGAGGACAGGAGGAAUAGGUUCAAGUCUUAGGGCAGCCAUCAUCGACAAUUUCUGGGACUACUUGGAUGCUCCAAUCAUGUGCUUGUCAUCACAGGAUGUACCGACACCUUAUGCUGGGACUUUGGAGGAGUGGACUGUGGUACAGCCAGCACAGAUUGUAGCCGCAGUUGAGCAGCUCUGCCAAUAAAAGGUGCUUCUAAUAUCUACUACUUGUUCUCGUGUGAUCUGAGCUUGUUUCCAAAUUAUUUUCCGAAACUUACGGUUGAAUCGUUUUAGUAGUAUGUUCAUGAUUUUCCUAAUUAUAUGUUGUAGCAAAAGCAUAUGUUAUUUUCAGUAAGGUUGUUAUGCGGACAUUAGCUGGAAAUAAUGGUUCUUAGUUUGUAAUGGCAACUUCAUAUUUGAUUCAUAUUACAAAAACAUGAGUAGGGAGGGAUUCAUGACCUUGUUAA